AUGACGUCCGCCCUGACAAUUGUUCACAGUUCAGGAUUGGUUCAGGGUCGUACUAUUCGUGUGUAUGAUUGCAUCGUCUUUGGUCAUGCUCAUUUAGACGCAUUCUCAGAGUCGCUGCGGCGGAUGCGGCUGGUCGGGAUAUCACGGAAUGCGCUCACUGUCACUGUCAGCCAUCAUGGCUUCAACCUGAUCCUGCACGGCCGCAAUGAAGCGAAACUGCUCAAGGUCAAAAACGAGUUUCAAGGCUCGGCGCGGACUCGCAACGUGAAACUCAUCGAUCUGAACAUUACCGUGGUCCUCCAUAAUGUGGGCAGUUCGCAGUUGACCGAAGAGAAGAUCAAUGGGCUGAGCAAAACAGAACUCAUGAACAUCAUCAACCUCAACGCGAUCUUUCCUCGCAUGAUCACCCACACCCUUUUGUCGCAGUUGCAUCUGUCCUCGAGGACAGGGCCUGUGCUUGUGCAGUUCAUGGGGUCUCAAGCGGGGGAGCUGUCGCCGGCCCGACUGGCUGUCUAA